CUUAGAUUAGGGUAGUGCAUAGAAAAAUAAGGGUGCACCCAAUGGCAACACUGCACGUCGAGAAACGUCAAAGUCAAAAAUAAUAAAAUAUGUUGAGGUUGGAGUGGAAUUGGAAAAGUAAUAAACAAUAUAAGUGAUUUUACUGUGGAGAAAAUAAUUUCCUUACAAAAUGGAUAUAGCUUUAUUACUGGCCUUAGCAGCAACAUUGUUAGCUGUUAUUAUUGCUUUAACAAUAUUCAUUAAGAAAGAUAAAGAAAAGAAAGCACCAGAAAGGCCCAGAGCUGCAGUUAAUAGAAGAGACGGGGGUCCAAGAAGAGCACAGAUAGUCAGAAAUAGAGGGGUUCGCUUAAGAGCUAAUGAUCACCAAGAAAUACAAGACGAAGAUGAUGAGGAGGGUGACAAUGAAAUAGAAAAUGAUAUUGAGCUUCCAGAUGGUAAGAUAGGAGCUAAGAAAAGAGCAAAAUUAGAGGCUAAAGCUGAGAAAAAAGCUGCCAGAAAAUCGGAAGAACUUAUCCGUGCUGACAAAAAGAAAAAAGCUGAACUAGCUGAGGAAGAAAGAAAGAAACAAGAAGAAAAAGAAAAAUUAGAAGAAAAAAAACUUGAAGAGGAACAACGAAAAGCCAAGGAAGAACAAGAAAAACGAGAACAGGAAGAAUAUAUGAAAAUGAAAGAAGCAUUUUCAGUUGAGGAAGAAGGAUAUGAAGAGGGAGAAGGAGAUAGUCAAAAUUUACUUCAAGAAUUUGUUACUUAUAUUAAAAACAACAAAGUUGUAGUAAUUGAAGAUUUAGCAGCACAAUUUAAGCUUAAAACUCAAGCAGCCAUUGACAGAAUUAAAGACUUGCAAGAGGACAACAUUUUAACUGGGGUAAUAGAUGACAGGGGAAAAUUCAUUUAUGUUUCUCAAGAUGAAAUGGAGGCUGUAGCAAAAUUUAUUAGGCAAAGAGGUCGAGUUUCUAUUGCAGAACUAGCAGAAAAUAGUAAUAUUCUAAUAAAUUUAACACCUGUGUCUAGUGUGAUAACUAAUUAAUAUUUAUAUAUUUUUUAAUAUAGAACAUCAAAUUUGAUUGUAAAUACAUUUUUAUUGUUUAUUAAAAUGCUAAUUUAUUAUUUUGUUUUGUUGCUAAAUAAAAUAGGCACUUGGAAAUGGAAAAUUAUUUAUUUCAUAAAAAAAUAAUACAAUUUUAUGUAUACCUAUAAUUUAAAACAUAAAAACUGGUCACUUAUUCCAUAGAGGGUAUUUAUGAUAAAAAAUUAAUGUAAAAAUUAGCCAGUCAUGAAAUUAUGAUUCUUUAAUGCACUUUAAAUGAAAACUAAAGACAUCUAACUAGUGCAUGGAUGGAAAUGAGUGUUUCAAACCUUCAUAUACAAUAUUAAGUGCUUUCAAGUCUGUUUGAAUGAUUUUUAUUAAUUGUCCUAUUCCAUUUUGUUCACUCUUUAAUACAUUUUUAAUUUCUUCUUCUGUUUCGCCAUCUAAUCUGUAACAGGGAUUGGUUUGUUUGUAACUUCCUGCCAUCAUUUUAAUAUUUGAUAGAAGUUCAUUCACUUGGCCCUAGAAAAAAUGAAUAAAAUUUAACAGAAAUAAAACCUGGUAAAAGUAAAAUUAAUAACUUCGGCAGAAACCCCAAAACAAUGCCACCGAUAUAUUUGACAACUGAUAAAAUGUCAUAAAAGUCACAAAAAUCACUAGAGAGUUGAAGUGUUACGUCCAAGAUAAAUGCACAAAAAUAACGUUUAAGUUGAAAUGCGUAUGUAUUUUAAUUGAUUCGCAAUUGUGUAUGUUUUUUUUUUUAACAUAAUAUGAGUUAAGAAAAAUAAAUUUGUUACAUAUUACAAAGAUACUUUUAAUCUUGAGUUCAGACAGCCUUAAUUAACAAUAAAACAAAUAACAGUUGAAAGCACGA